AUGGCCAAGCACGAUGGGAGCCCGCCUCCUUUGAAGAAAUUGAAAACAGCCAGCAAUGCAUACCAGUCAAACCGUUCGGGCACUGGCCCUCAAGGUCAUGGGGGUAUUCGGUCUUUGAACAGAUCUAUAACUCCUCCGCUAUCUCGGAUUAAACAGUCUCGGAGACCUGGGAGUCCAUUGGAACCAGGGCUGCCAUCCGAACAAAAGAUAAUUCCAUCGCCCAUCCAACUCACCCAUAUCCGUGAUAUAAACGAUUCAACGGGGUAUAAUAAAGACUGCAUCAAGCUCCGAGAUAUCCUUGGAGAUCCGAUGAUCAAGGAAUGCUGGCAGUUCAAUUACCUUUUUGAUGUGGACUAUAUAAUGAGCCAAUUUGACCGUGAUGUCAAGGAUCUUAUUCAGCUGAAAAUAAUACACGGCUCUUGGAAGAGAGAAGCUCCAAAUAGGAUUGCCAUCGAUGAUGCAUGUAAGCGAUAUCCAAACGCCGAGGCAGUUGUGGCUUAUAUGCCUGAGCCCUUUGGGACUCAUCAUUCAAAAAUGAUGAUUUUGAUUCGACAUGAUAACCUAGCACAGAUCAUAAUUCAUACUGCAAAUAUGAUACCGAGAGACUGGGGAAAUAUGACCCAAGCAGUUUGGAGAUCUCCACUCCUUCCUUUCUCACAACCCCAUGUGGGUGAUACUCAUGGGGAAUUUGGAAGCGGUGCCCGCUUCAAACGAGACUUGCUUGCUUAUCUAGACGCAUAUAACAAUAAAACGAUCGGUCUGCUUAUCCAUCAACUACAAAGAUAUGAUUUCGGAGCAGUGAAAGCUGUGCUGAUUGCCAGUGUCCCUUCAAGACUGCCAGUUAAAGCAUUUGAUUCCAAUAGGAAAACCCUCUGGGGUUGGCCUGCACUGAGGGAUGCUAUUCGCUCUAUUCCCAUAGAUCACAGCUCGUCCCAAACUUUGAAACCCCAUAUUAUCGUUCAGGUAUCGUCCAUAGCUACGCUUGGGCAGACUGACAAGUGGCUGAAGGAAACAUUUUUCGGCUCGCUAUGCCCUCAAUCUAGGUUUAACCAGACCAUUUCUGCUUGCCACGCGAAUUUUUCAAUAAUAUUUCCUACGCCUGACGAAAUCAGAAGGUCGUUAGAUGGGUAUGGAUCUGGGGGGUCUAUCCAUAUGAAAAUCCAAAGCGCUUCACAACAAAAACAGCUAGCAUAUCUGCGCCACUAUUUGUGCCACUGGGCAGGGGAUGCUGAAGGCCAGAGAGACCCUGGCCCUGCUACAGAGUCAGUUAAGGGCUUGGCUUAUGUACGAGAGGCUGGACGGAGCAGGGCUGCGCCUCACAUAAAAACAUACAUCCGGUUUUCCGAUUCAGGAAUGAGCAGCAUCGACUGGGCGAUGGUUACUUCUGCGAACCUCUCGACUCAAGCAUGGGGAGCUGGAGCUAACGCCCAGGGGGAGGUGAGAAUUUGCAGCUGGGAGAUAGGGGUGCUAAUAUGGCCGGAACUUUUCCGUGAGAAUAAUAUAGAAAAGUGCAACGACAGCUCACCUAUCAACCAUGUCAAGAUGAUCCCUUGCUUCAAGCGCAAUACCCCCUCUAAGGAGCCACUACAACCACCAGAGAGUGACUCCACAAAACUGACCUCGCACCCAGACGCCACGAAUAUGAUCAGAGUUGGCUUUCGCAUGCCGUACAACCUUCCACUCGUCCCGUAUACCCCUCGAGAUGUUCCGUGGUGUGCCACAGCUGCCCACCGGGAGCCGGAUUGGAUGGGUCAAACCUGGGAAGAGAAUGAUUAA